CUUUGACCUUUCUAAGUUUCUUCGUUUCAAAACACAUUUUUAUCUGCUUUAUAAUGCCUUCAAACCUCGCGAGAGCGUUCUAGAUUUUUCCUCACCAUGGCAACCAACAUCAACACGCACGAGGCCGCUUCGUCUCAGUCGACCGUUCAACGUGAGUUGACGUUUUGUGUGUUUUCAGCGAGCGAGCAAGCUGUAAGUGUUCAACCUCACCAUGAACCGUGAUUACUACGAGACUCUUGAGAUAAACAGAAACGCAACAGAUGCAGAUAUCAAAAAGGCAUACCGGCGUCUUGCGUUGAAGUUUCAUCCGUGUAAAAACAGUGAAGCUGGAAGUUCGGAUAGAUUCUUCCAGCUGGGUGAAGCCUACGAUGUUCUCAGUGACCCAAGAAAAAAGGCAACUUAUGACAAAUUUGGUGAAGAGGGACUCAAAGGUGGCAUCCCUGUCGAGUUUACCGGUGGUGGAGCUUGGUCCUCCAAAUAUACCUACCAUGGCAACCCUGACAAAACGUUCAGACAGUUCUUCGGAGGUGACAACCCAUUUGCAGAUUUUUACACCAUAGAAUCAGCUCUUCAGUUCAGCUCCCUGGUGGUGGGAAUUGAGAAGACACAAGAUUCUCCAAUAGAGAGAGAUCUCCCUUUGUCCCUGGAUGAUCUCUUCCACGGAUGCAUAAAGAAGAUUAAGAUUUCUCGCAGGGUUAUGAAUGAGGAUGAACAAACUUCCAGUAUCAAGGACAAGAUUCUGACUAUCGAAGUGAAACCUGGAUGGACGGAAGGCACCAGAAUCGUUUUCACCAAAGAGGGAGAUCAGGGACCAAACUGCAUCCCUGCAGACAUUGUGUUUAUAGUUCGGGAGAAGCCUCAUCAUGUGUUUACAAGACAGCUCAAUGAUCUCGUCUUCAAGGCCAAGAUCUCUCUGGAGAUGGCCCUGACUGGCUUCUCUGUGGAUGUGGAGACACUAGAUGGCAAGCUGCUCACCAUUCCUAUCAAUGACAUUGUGCACCAGUCGUACAAAAAAGUGCUGAGUGGAGAGGGAAUGCCGCUGCCGCAGGAUCCGACCCAGAGAGGAAGCCUCAUCCUCACCUUUGACAUUGACUUUCCAAAAAAGCUCUCCGCUGAAAGCAAGCAGCUGAUCAAGCAAGCUCUAAAUCUGAAAUAUUUACAGUAUUAGCUGAAGGU